AUGCCCAAGUCCGUAGCUUCGUUCUUCAGCCGGGAGAGUAGUUAUGGCGACGCUCCAGAAGGAUACCCAGACGAUGACGCGGAAAGUAACACAACAACACCCACGUCUCCCUUAGCCUCACGCAGACCCCGAUCUGCCCGAGCCUCCGACCUCAACCUCCGCAGCCGUAUAUCCAAUCACCGAGAUGUCGACGAGACCUCGAGUCUGCUCGCAAACAGUGACUCGCAGUUGAGGCAGUACAGCUACAAGAGCGUACCCACUUCUAUACCAGGCACACCCAAACCCUUCGCAACAAGGAACAGCAGCUUCAAGCUUCCGCGUCACCACAGUCGACAUGGCUCAAACAGAGACCGCCUGUUCAGCACUAGGCUGGUGAACGCUCUUGGUGUCAGCCAAAGACAGCAGUCAGGUAAAUACUCUGAGAGCACUUCGUUUUACCAAGAUGACCGCGUAUGGUACGACCAGUUUACUUCGACGGACUGGGUGCACGACAGCAUCGCCGAUGCCUACCGCGUGAAAGCCUUGCGCAGCAGGAAGGAUUUCCGAGGCCGAAUACUGGCAUGGCUGGAUGGAGCUCAGGGCUGGAUACUGGUUGCCAUUAUCGGAUGUCUCACUGCUUGUGUGGCCUACUUCGUGAACGUCACCGAGAGCACGCUCUUCGACUUCAAGUCCGGAUAUUGCAGCACAAAGUGGUAUCACAACAAAAAGAUAUGCUGUUCUGGUGCAAGCACGUGCGAGCUGUGGACGCACUGGUCGGAGCGCAUCAGCACGGGCAGGAUGGAUGACCAGUAUCUCCAAUAUGCGGCUUUUGUCUUCUCUGUGGUGAUACUCGCGCUUCUGUCCUGCGCCUUGACUCUCACUUCCAAGACCAUCAUUCCUUCUGCUAUAUCCUUAUCGACCCUCGAUGAGAACCUAGGCGCCGACAACCGGAAGCUUGACCGAGACGCUGAGGGGAGGAAGCGAAGCCUCAGUCCAACGCGUAGGUAUGCCGAAUCGCAAAAUCGACCGCCGAUGGUAUACUACUCCGCUGCUGGAAGUGGUGUGGCGGAGGUCAAAGUGAUCCUAAGCGGCUUUGUGUUGCACGGUUAUUUGGGCGUCAGAACACUCGUGAUCAAGACACUUGCAUUAAUUCUCAGCGUCGCGUCCGGACUCAGCCUCGGUAAAGAGGGACCCUAUGUGCACAUCGCUACGUGCAUUGGAAAUAUCACAAGCCGUCUGUUUUCGAAGUACUAUCACAAUGAUGGCAAGCGUCGCGAGAUACUCAGCGCAAGUGCAGCAAGCGGCGUAGCAGUAGCCUUUGGCGCGCCGCUUGGAGGUGUUCUGUUCAGCUUGGAGGAAGUCAGCUACUACUUCCCACCUAAGACACUUUUCCGCACCUUUUUCUGUUGCAUUGCAUCAGCAUUGUCUUUGAAGUUCCUCAAUCCGUACGGUAAUCACAAGAUUGUCUUAUUCCAAGUAAAGUACCUCACCGACUGGCAAGGGUUUGAGAUCGUCGCUUUCAUCCUUGUUGGCAUCCUUGGAGGCGCUCUAGGAGCCUUCUUCAUCAAGGCAUCACGGAUCUGGGCUCGGACAUUCCGUCGGCUCCCGAUCAUCAAGAAGUGGCCGAUGUUUGAGGUUCUCCUCGUUGCAUUGUUGACUGGUCUCCUCAGCUUCUGGAACCGAUAUACUAGACUUCCCGUCACGGAACUGCUGUUCGAACUUGCCAGCCCUUGUGACGCCUUCACCACCUCCGGAUCUGGCUUGUGCCCUACGAAAGAGCAGAUACCGUACGUUAUUGGCGUCCUGGGUAUAGCUUUCGUCAUCAAAGCUUUCCUUACAGUCAUCACGUUCGGCAUCAAGGUCCCUGCUGGAAUCUAUGUCCCAUCUAUGGUCGUCGGAGGUCUCUUCGGACGCCUGGUAGGGCACAUCGUUCAGUAUCUGGCACUUCAUCAUUACGAUACGGGUUUGUUUGGCACCUGCAAUGCCAAUGAUGCUCCCGAGAUGUGCGUCGUGCCGGGCGUUUACGCAAUGGUAGCAGCUGGAGCGACGAUGUGUGGUGUCACCCGCCUCUCAGUCACCCUCGCCGUCAUUCUCUUCGAGCUUACCGGGAGCUUAGAGCACGUGCUUCCAUUCUCGCUCGGCGUGCUAGUGGCAAAGUGGACCGCCGACGCUAUUGAACCCCUCAGUAUCUACGACUUGCUGACCGACAUGAACUCUUAUCCCUUCCUUGACAACAAAGUCCGACCCGUCUUCACCACAGAGCUUGGUGACAUCACACGCCGUGCCCGCGAAGAGCGCGUCAUCGAUAUCACCGUCUCACCCCUCGUUCCCGGCAGAGAGCUUCGCCAGAAGGUCGACCACCUCCACAUGGCCGGCGAGCUGGACGGCGGACUCCCUAUCGUCCGAGAAGGCAUCCUGGUUGGCCUCAUACCGGCCCCUGACCUCGAGUUUGCACUCGACAAGCUGGAGAACGAGGAUAAAAGCCUGUGUCUCAUGAGCACUCAAGUGCGGUGGAAUGGGCUGGAGGAUCCAGGGGCGGGAGAGGAGCCGGACCCGACGGAUUUCACGCCGUAUAUUGAUCCUGCACCUGUCGCGUUAGAUGUGCACAGCCCGAUGGAUCUAGUGUAUGAGGCAUUCGUGAAGUUGGGGCUGAGGUACCUGUGUGUUUUGAAGGAUGGGAGAUAUGCCGGGUUAGUGCACAAGAAGGCGUUUGUGAAAUACAUCAAGGAGUUGGAAGAGGAGCAUCGUUAA